AUGCCGCCAAGACCUGCCUCGCCCAGACUGGCAACGCGCCAGAUACACCAACCGUGCAGGGGUGUCGAAGGGCUUCAACUUGGGGAGCGCAGCGCCGACCUCUUGCGGUGGCUCUGCGACGCACGAGACAUCGCAGCUUUGCGGGCUUGGGGAGCGUCGCUGGGAGGGCCAACAAAACCGGAGGCAUUGCGAGCGGUCUUGGGCGCAGGGGCUAGGGAGCAGGGGAAAACCACCAGCAGCCAGGGCCAGGGAAGACGGGACAUACGGGACCGAGACGUGCCUCGCUGCAAACGAAAGCGAAGGCAUCUUGUUACGAAGAAGACCUGCCUGUUCUGGAAGCACGACGGCGGGAGAUGGAUGAACCAGACUGGCCACAACGUCCUCGACCGUUUCUUGGGGUCUCCGUCGGGCAUCAGCAUCGGCAAGAAGUUCGUGCAGAUUGGGAACUUCCGGCUUGCGGAGACUGACGACUCCCAGAGGCUCCCCUUGCAGUUCAUGCGCUAUCACGACAAUGGAUAUUGGGAGCGGCGCACUCUUGAAACCUUCAAGAAGGACGGUCAUCAUUCGCGGCACAACGACGACGAUCACUUGAUACAUGCUAUAAACAGCCGUAGUGUUUUUGGGCAGGGAUGCAGGAACAUCGGUGAGAUUGCUCAUGGAGAGUGCAAUAGCGGUUUUGCAUCCUGGGGAGAUCGCUUCAUCCAGCUCGGCAAUUGGCGCCUUGCCGCUCUCGAUGCCGACCAUUUCAGCAUCUCCCACAAAGGUGGCCAGAAUGCAAUUUACAAGAGCAAUGGCCACUUUUACUGGGAACGUGUCAGCGACCGCGCCUGGCGCAGGCCUCUCGGCUUCCCCCACGGCAUCGUCUUUGGGGCGAAGUUCAUCCAGAUCGGUCAGUUCCGCCUGGCCGCACUGGACGACGACCACUUGAGCAUCUCCCACCAGAAUGGCUGGACCAACCGGCUCUUCGUGGGCCACAACGGACAUGUCAUCGAUCGGCCGGGCGGGGGCCAUGACUGGAACGCAUGGAGGCACCUCGCCGGUGGCGACGAGAGUUUCCGGAAAGGCUUAAGUGCUGGCAUCUCCGGCGUGGGGUAUGGGGACAGAUUUUUGCAAAUCGGGCCCUUCCGCAUCGGGGUGGGGGAGUUUGAUGACUUGCUCGUCACUCACAAGCACCCGGCCACUGGACACCCACGAACUUUCCAAGUGUACCAAAACAGCGGAACGGUCCUGGGCGCACAACCGUUUGCAUCGCACGAUGGCCAUGGCCAUGUGCACCUGGUGCAUCGUCACACGCAGUGGCACUGUGGCAACAUCCAGAGCAUGAUGGGCUCCUGUCCUGGCAUCACCACAGGCGACGGCUUCAUACAGUUGGGGGAUUGGCGGCUGGCAGCGAUUGACUGGCGACAAUUCUCGAUCUCCCACCGAGAUCUGGUGACGCCCAUGAGCUUCACCUCCGAUGGGCAUUACCACCGUCACGGAGCCCCGACCCAGGGAGACCACAGCUGGAACCGUGAAGCCAGGUACGUGGCCGCCGGCGAGAUGGGAGAGGUGACGCUCGGCGAUCGCUACAUCCAGUUCGGUAAGUACUGGCGCAUGGGCCAAGUCGAUGAUGACCACUUCUCCAUCUCUCAUAUUGAUGGCAAGAGUCCGGUGGUCUUCCAUAAACAUGGAGUGAUGUAUUCACAGGAUCACAGCGGCUUCGACCAUGCCCGCUACAAUCUUUGGAAUCGCCGCCACGUCAAUAAAUCCUCGGGCAUCGGGUUUGGUGAUGGCUUCGUUCAGAUUGGCGACUUUCGAGUUGGAGAUGUUGAUCAUGAGCGCUUGUCCGUCGCGAACGCGAAGAGUCUGAAGACCUGCGAGAGCUUUAAGAAAGAUGGACAUACAGCGGACAGUGGCUCAACAUCAUGGACCACCCUGGGGCGUGCGCUCCAGCAUUGCCAGGUCAUCCCUAGGAAGGCUCGGAACUUCACAUCGCCAGUCGCCGCCUUCUAUAACCCGAAACAUGGGCGCUGGCUGCAGAUGAACAAAGGGAGCACCGACAUGACUGGCAGCGCUGACCAGAGAGGAGGUGACGGGCCUUUCUCUUUGAGGCUUCACUGGACCUAUGAGCGCUUCGCGGUUGUCGACGCCGGCAACGGGGAGAUCGGGCUUCACAACACCCUCAGCAACCGUUUUGUCAAGAUGGAAGGCUUGGAGAUGAUGGUCAGCUCAAUCAAGGACGUCGACGACUUCCCAGCUGGGUGGAAUCUCGAGCGCUUUCGUGUCGUCGACGCGGGAAACGGAAUGGUGGCGCUCUACCACCCGGUCAACCGCCGCUUCGUCACCAUGGAUCAAAACGGACACGUCUAUCCAAGUGCCCCCGUGGAGGACGGAAGACUGCCUGUCCAUUGGUCUUAUGAGCGUUUCUACAUGAUGCCGGUGAGAAACUUUCUCGAACCUGAUACGCUGGUGGCCCUGUACAGCAACGCGCACGGCCGCUUCCUCCGCAUGUAUGAGCAUGCCCCAGGUCACUGUGACUUGGACAGCAGCCCAUCUGGGCCCAGCCUCCCCGAUACUUGGACGUUGGAGCGGUUCAGAGUGGUGGAUGCGGGAAACGGCAUGGUUGCGCUGCACAGCCACGCCUACAACAAGUUCUUGCUGAUGGACGAUCCCCACUUUGACAUUCGUUGCAGUGCCCCGUCGCCGACCGACAGCAGCGAACUCCCCUAUGGCUGGGGCUGGGAGGCUUUUGUCCCUGUUCCCAUGGCCUUCCACGCGGACCAUCUUGAGAUCGCCCUGUGGCAUCCUGCUCACCACCGAGCCGUCCGAAUGAAUCACCACAUCGUCGACGCGAGCGCGCCCGUAGCCCUCCAGGACCUGGCCAUGAAUGGCAACUGGGGGUGGGAGAAGUUUCGGGUCGUGCUGCUGGCAGACCCCAUGACCUAG